CCUAAUAGACUGGAAAUAGAGGCAGUUCCUUCUUCUUUCAGGAUUAAGUUCCUCUAGAGAACAUGGCGGAGGCACAGGUGGAGCAGGACGUUCAUGUCUCCUGUAUAGAAGAGGAGCUCCGCUGGCUGGCAGAUAUCCAGCUCUCCAGCAGUUCUGAAUCGGACAUCAUCAGUGAGGAGGAAGACAGUCAGAGGCAGCUCCAAGAAUUUGCUGAAUUAUCACAAAAACUUCUGGAAGAAUUCACAGUACUUGAAGCCGAGUGUGAGACGGAGUUAACACUUGAGGAGCAGGCUGAGGAACAUGAAAUCCAGGUCCAUAAAGAGGACAAUAAGCUGAACUCUAUAGACACUCAAAUAGUAGCUUCGAUACUGUGCGAGCAGCUGGAAGAUGUCCAGUCUAUGGUUCUCGAUGACCAGCACAUGACAGCGGUGGACACAGAUUCUUCUGAGGUGAACCAGCAACUGGUUGAAGAUUUGAAGAAGAACAUCCAGAAAUUGUCAGAAGAAAAGGAACAAAUUGCAUCUGAGCUACAAGAGCUAAGACUAGAGGCAAAAAGGUUAAACAAGGAGCUUGAAGUUGAGAGACUGGAAAAAGAAGCCAUAAGUAUGAAACUUGAAAAAAGCCAAAAUAAGUUUUUAAAGUUAAACAGAGUGUCGCUUGCAGUCACUCGGGAAUAUGCUGAAACCUUGGACGAGCUAGAAAUGGAACAAAGUUUACGAUAUGAGGCGGAAUCCUAUGCAAGCAAGGUUCGCAAAGAGAAAAAGGCCAUUUCCCGGCAGAGUAUGAUACUAAUGCAGAAUGUUCAACCCGAUGAGAUGCUGAUGAAAGCGCUGGAUGAUGUCCGCUCCAUGACCACAACUCUGGAGGACACAAAGCAGGAACUGCAGAGAAAGGUGAACAGCCUGGAGUUGCAGUUAUCGGAGAGACCAACCAAAGAGGAACUUCUCACCAUCAAGGAAAACCUAAAUGUACUAAACACGGAAAAAAGUCAGGUAGAAGAAGAACUGAAGGUGAUGAAGGAGAAGUGCACAUUACUAGAAGAACGAGUUAAAUCUCUGGAAGAGGAACUGCAGAGAAGGGGAACAUCAACAAACUCAGUGGAUGAUGCAUCUUUGGUGGCACCACCAGUCUCACCACUACCACCACCCCCUCCACCACCUCCACCUCCAUGCUCUCUUUUCAAGACUCCAGAAGACCCCUUGGCUUUAAUUAAGCAGAGACGAGGAAAACUAGAGUCAGAGGGGUCACCAGUGACAGGCGGCCCUGAUGCCAGAGCGGAUGCAGUGCGAGAAAUGAUGGAGAGAAUUAAGAGCGGAGUGAUACUGCGGCCAGCGAAUGACAGAAAGGACCAGGCUGCAAUGACCAGCAAACGUAAGAGCGCCAUCAGUGAGCUCCAAGGAAUAUUAUUGCACACAGUGAGAAAACCAGCACGAAGAGCAAGCCGCCACCGGAUGAGCCGCAAAGCCAAAGAUGGCGAAUUGGAGUCAGUUCUACAGAGGCGUCGGCGAAUAGUAGAUACUCCUCAAAAGACGGAGAGCGCCCCGAAGACAGAAAAAAACUCAGGGAGUUUGGGAAAAAGCAAUUUUCUGCCUCCAUUGGUGACAACAUUGCAGCAUGAGGAUAAGUUCAGUCCUGAGACACAAAUGAAGAAAACUUUCGACCAACAGAAUAGCCAGAAGAAGGAGCCAGAGAUAUGACAAGCAAUAUGGCAGUAGUAUAACCACAGAUCUAAAGACAUAUUUGAUGUGAUCUUUGAAAUGUUGUAAAUUGGAACUGAGAUAAGAGGCUGCAGAAUGCCAGGAUCUGGUGCAUCCAACCAAGAAGACAUAGGCAACUUAACCUGGUCCAGCACCAAGGGAUCUGCUAGGGAAGCGCUGCCAUGAGGGAGAUGCAGGAUAAGACGCCACACAGUGAUGUCCACCCGAAUGACAUGAAAAUACACAAUUUUAAUGACAACUUCUGCUCCUUUCAUGUAAAAUGGGAACAUAAUGUAAAAUAAACCUUGUAAUUCUCAACCAGU